GGUUGGUCGGGAUCCCGAACCGAAAUAAAUUUCGGUUCGAAAUCGGUUGCAGCUUUGGGAUGGUUGGGGGACUCGGUAUGCUCCUGUUCGGUUCGGUUUUGACCGAACCGAACCGAUGCCCACCCCUACCGUCGACGCAAAUCUCCUCACAUGAUCCGAAUGAUCCAUCAGCCCGACCCGGCAGCAUAUUGCACCACCCAUAGCGAAUAUUCAUAAUUACCCACGAGACAACGAGAAGCUUCCUGCCCAAUCCCUGCUUCCCACGUGUUCCUCUCACCCGACUGGUCCAAGUCAGCACGCGCCAAAAUCUCCCCGGGGCCCAUCCCUCCUACGUGUCCGUCUUUGUGGUCGACUGCCGAGAAGUGAUCACAUACGCUCGCAAAUCAUGACCGUUAAAACAGAAUUCCCCUUACCCCCUUCUCUUCUUCUUCUAUCCUUCCUCACUUGUCCCGUUUCUUACACCAAGCAAAGCCAACAAAUCCCUAAUUUAGUGAACCGGAGAAUUCCUCCGAAAUUUCCGUCACACCGGCGAUGAACAACCAAGUGGCGCAUCCGUCAUCGUCGUCGUCCAGCGACGCCUUCUCCUUCAUCUCCAAGGGAUGGCGGGAGGUCCGUGACUCGGCCGACGCGGAUCUCCAGCUCAUGCGUGCCCGGGCCAACUCGUUCAAGAACCUCGCCUCGUCCUUCGACCGCGAGCUCGAGAACUUCUUCAAUUCCGCCUCCACCUCGCUCGUCGCGCCGCCAUCGGAGAACAAUUUCGUCAAGAAGCUGCAGCCGAAGAUAUCGGAGUUCCGGAGGGUGUACUCGGCGCCGGAGAUCAGCAAGAAGGUUCUCGAGAAGUGGGGGCCUACCAGGGCCAAAUUGGCGAUUGAUUUGUCAAGCAUAAGGAACGCUCUCGUGUCUGAGGUCGAGGGGUACGAUUAUGAUGGGGACAGGGAUGGAAGCGUGGAGUUCGAUAGGGUGUGGAGAGGGAGGAGGAGGCUCAAGUUCAAGGAGUUCUGGGGCGAGUGGAAAGAUGAGGAGGAGAACGAAGGGAACCAGACUGAAGAGUGGAAGCCCAUUCGAGAUUUGAAGAAGCGGUUUAAGGAGCUGGAGAAGAAAAGCGAGUUGGGUGAAAUAUUUGAGGGGUUUAAGAACAGUGAGCUCGUGGAGAAGGUCAAAUCCAGCCUGAAAUCAAUUCGCAAGGAUCCCCAAGAAUCACAGGAAGUACCACCACUUGAUGUACCUGAACUUUUGGCAAGUUUGGUGAAGCAAUCUGGGCCCUUUUUGGAUCAGAUCGGUGUCAAAAGAGAUAUAUGUGACAAGAUAGUGGACAGCUUGUGUAGUAAACGCAAGAACCAACUUCUACUGCACUCACUAUCAAGUGGAGAAUCCUCUCUCGUUGGGGACGACAACAAUGGCAAUACUGAUGAGCUUGAUGUGAGAAUUGCCAGUGUCCUUCAAAGUACAGGUCAUCAUUAUGAAGGUGGAUUUUGGACAGACAACGCCAAAUAUAUCCCAGAGGACGGGAGGCGGCAUGUUGCCAUCGUCACAACCGCUAGUCUUCCUUGGAUGACUGGAACAGCUGUUAAUCCACUUUUCCGAGCAGCAUAUUUGGCACAAUCAGACACAAAUUACCUGGAAUACAUUAAGAGAGAGAAGAAUGGGGCUUUGCAAGCUUUCUUUGUCAAACACAUCAACAACUGGGUUGCACGAGCAUACUGCCAUAAGGUUCUCCGUCUUUCUGGUGCAACACAAGAUAUGCCAAAGUCAGUAGUGUGCAAUGUACAUGGUGUCAACCCAAAGUUUUUGCGCAUAGGUGAGAAAGUAGCUGCAGAUAGAGAACUUGGGCAGCAUGCCUUCUCUAAAGGAGCCUACUUCUUAGGCAAGAUGGUCUGGGCUAAGGGAUACCGAGAGUUGAUAGAUUUGCUGGCCAAACACCAGACUGAUCUUGACGGCUUUAAGGUGGAUGUAUAUGGGAAUGGUGAGGAUGCACUUGAAGUUAAGAGUGCCGCUAAAUCACUGAACUUGAAUCUCAAUUUCCUCAAAGGAAUCGAUCAUGCUGACUCUUCUCUCCACGGGUACAAAGUCUUCAUAAACCCAAGCAUCAGCGACGUGCUCUGCACAGCUACAGCUGAGGCACUCGCAAUGGGGAAAUUUGUAGUAUGCGCAGAUCACCCGUCGAACGAGUUCUUCAGAUCAUUUCCGAACUGCUUGACGUACAAAACAUCCGACGACUUCGUUGCAAAGGUGAAGGAAGCAAUGGAGAAAGAGCCUCAACCUCUGACUCCCGAGCAAAGCUACAACCUCUCUUGGGAGGCUGCCACCCAGAGAUUCAUGCAACACUCCGACCUCGACAAGAUCCUGACAGAAGACAGAGGAGCUGCCACCGCCACAACGAGACCACCCAUGCCAGCCGUGCCCAAGGCCUCGGAGGUGCUCGACGGCGGUCUGGCAUUCGCGCACUACUGCCUCACCGGGAACGAGUUCCUGAGACUAUGUACUGGUGCAACACCUGGGACUAGAGACUACGAUAAGCAGCACUGUAAGGAUCUAAGGCUGUUGCCCCCGCAUGUAGAGAACCCAAUUUACGGUUGGUAGGUAUAUAUAGGUGAAUAAUGUAAUUAGUGUUAAACCGUAGUUUAUUUCUUUUUGGAUGGUAAUCCAUUUGUUGGCCUAGAUAGGGAUAAAAGUGUGACUGUGUUACUUGGACUUUAUGAAGCCUACGUAUACAAGGUGUCUACAAUUUUAGCGUAUCCCACCUGCUUGUGCAAGUUACCUCUUCCCUUCUUCGGUUUGAAUAGAUGUUCGUAAUUCAACUGGCUAGGAUGUUUGCAGUUAAGUUCCAUAAAAAAGAGGCUAUACUCCUGCCAAUGAAGGAGCAAGAGCAAUACAUGUGACAAAUCCAUUAUUUUUUAUAAUUCGUCUGUAUGAUCCACACAUUAUAACGAAG